AUGGCUGUAGUCCUGACUCUCCUUCUCAGUGUCUGUCUGCUGCACGGUGCCCUGUGUCAAACACUUCAGUCAUUUAUGCCGCUGACUAUAGAGGUUCUGAGUGGAUCCUGUAUCUGUUUUAAUAUUAUUUUUGCAUUUAUUGCAUUUUUCAAAAUAGUCUACAGAUUGAAUGAGGAUGAAUGUUUCUUUAGUGACUGGUUGAUAUGUACCUUUCUACCAGCUGCUCCUCCCACACCGACUCUGACUGCGUCCACACUGAAGGUGAAGGAGGGAACCUCUGUGGGUUUGACGUGCUCUGCUCCAGCUCCCUGUCUGUCUCAUCCUCCAGCUCUGACCUGGACCCCCGGCCUGGGGGACGCUCAGGAGAAACUGCAGGGGAAUUGGGACAAAACUAAAGUCAAGCUCUCUGUUCUGAACUUCACUGCUUCUCACCUCCAUCAUGGGAAGAAGAUCUACUGUAAUGCCACCUACAACAAACAAGAUGGCAGCACUGAGUCAGCUGUUAGCACAAGUUUAACAGCUGAUAUUUCAUGUGCCCUGUGUAAAGAAUUUCAGUCAUUUGUGCCGCAGACUAUAGAGGUUCUGAGUGGAUCCUGUGUGACCAUACCCUGCUCCUUUAAUAUAGAGGACAGAGUUAAAUCACUCUUAGAUAGAUCAUGUAGGAUAUUGUGGAAUCAGUAUGAUAAUGACAAGACUAUGUUUGACAGUGGAAAUCCACAAACGUCUACAAUAAAGGGAGAACUGACAGGAAACGUGACAAAAAAAGACUGCACCACAACCCUGAACAACAUGAAACCUGCUGACAGCAAAACAUAUUACUUUAGACUGGAAUGCAACUAUGUCCUGAGAUACAGCUUUAAGGACAACAAAUUAGAUAUUAAAGUCAAAGCUGCUCCUCCCACACCGACUCUGACUGCGUCCACACUGAAGGUGAAGGAGGGAACCUCUGUGGGUUUGACGUGCUCUGCUCCAGCUCCCUGUCUGUCUCAUCCUCCAGCUCUGACCUGGACCCCCGGCCUGGGGGACGCUCAGGAGAAACUGCAGGAGAAUCAGGACAAAACUAAAGUCAAGCUCUCUGUUCUGACCUUCACUGCUUCUCACCUCCAUCAUGGGAAGAAGAUCUACUGUAAUGCCACCUACAACAAACAAGAUGGCAGCACGGAGUCAGCUGUUAGCACAAGUUUAACAGCUGAUAUUUCAUAUUCCCCCAAAGACACCACAAUGUCAGUCAGUCACUCUUGUCCUGUUCCAGAGAGCAUAAAUGUGACUCUGACAUGCAGAAGUUCUGCCAAUCCACCAGUCAAGAGCUACACCUGGUACAGAGCUGACGGAGGCCAGGAGACUCUUAUUGGGACCGGAGCUGUUCUAAACAUCAAAGUAUCUAAAGACGAGCAUCAGUUUUUCUGCAAGGCUGAAAACGACGUUGGAGCUGGACGAUCCCACAUCAGUCAUAUAUAUGUUCAGUAUUCCCCCAAAGACACCACAAUGUCAGUCAGUCACUCUUGUCCAGUUCCAGAGAGCAUAAAUGUGACUCUGACAUGCAGAAGUUCUGCCAAUCCACCAGUCAAGAGUUACACCUGGUACAGAGCUGACGGAGGCCAGGAGACUCUUAUUGGGACCGGAGCUGUUCUAAACAUCAAAGUAUCUAAAGACAAGCAUCAGUUUUUCUGCAAGGCUGAAAACGACGUUGGAGCUGGACGAUCCCACAUCAGUCAUAUAUAUGUUCAGUAUUCUCUCAAAGACACCAAAGUGUCAGUCAGUCCCUCUGGUCCAGUUCCAGAGGGCAGAAAUGUGAUUCUGACAUGCAGUAGUUCUGCCAAUCCACCAGUCAAGAACUACACCUGGUACAGAGCUGACGGAGGCCAGGAGACUCUUAUUGGGACCGGAGCUGUUCUCAACAUCAAAGUAUCUAAAGGAGACAGACGGUUUUUCUGCAAAGCUGAAGACGAUAUUGGAGCUGGACGAUCAAACCUCAUACAAAUAGAUGUUCAAUUUGCUCCACAAAUCCUGCCCUCAUCUAACUGCAGCAACGCUGCAUCCCAGCUCAACUGUUCCUGCAGGACUGUGGGAAAUCCUUCCCCCACUUUGAAGUGGUAUCUGGAUGGGCUGCCUGUCAACCAGUCUGACACGUUUGGAAUCAGCUCUCUAAAUGACACAGGUCUGAGGAGCAUCCUUAUUGUGAACCAACCACAGGAGAGGGAUCUUUCCAACUUGCUCUGCCUCAGUUCCAACUCUCUGGGAUCUGCCAGUCAAUGUUUUUGUGUCGCCAGCCUAAAAUCUCAAGGUUUGUCUGAUGUGUACUGA